AAGCUUAAUAAGUUAUAUAUAAACCUCCACAAAACCUCUCCUUUUCACUUCAUCUUCGAUCACAUCACCACAACUCUUCUUUUCCUCUUUGAUCGGACUUUGUUAACUUUCCGACGAUAUAUAAACUGAAAACCAAUGGCGGUUUCGAAUUCCUUAACAAUCUCUCCGAGAAAACUCCGGUAUGAUCUUUACUCAUACUCGUACCAAGACAAUUCCGAGACGCCUCUGGUUAUCUCUGUUCUAUCUUCAUUGAUCGAUCGAACUCUGACUCGGAACGAAAGGAUUAGCCGGAGAGCGUCUCCGCCGUCGUCUUCUUCCGGUGGCGGUCGCAAAACCCAGAUCUUCGAUAGCCGUGAAAUCCCCGAUUUGACCAUCCAAUCGUACCUAGAGAGGAUUUUCCGGUACACUAAAGCCGGUCCCUCGGUUUACGUGGUGGCCUAUGUAUACAUUGACCGGUUCUGUCAAAUCAAUCCCGGUUUUAGAAUCAGUCUCACUAAUGUACAUCGCCUCCUCAUCACCACCAUCAUGAUCGCAUCUAAAUACGUCGAAGAUUUGAAUUACAGAAAUUCAUAUUUCGCCAAAGUAGGUGGAUUAGAGACAGAUGAUUUGAACAGAUUAGAGUUAGAAUUCCUGUUCUUGAUGGGAUUCAAGCUACAUGUUAAUGUGAGUGUGUUCGAGAGUUAUUGUUCUCAUCUUGAAAGAGAGGUUAGCUUUGGAGGAGGUUAUCAAAUUGAGAAGGCAUUACGUUGCGCCGAAGAAAUCAAAUCCAGACAAAUGAUCGUUCAAGAUCCUAAACAUCAUCAUCAGUUUGCUCGAAUCUUAUUAUAGACAAAGAAACUCUGUUCUAUUUUUUAGUCCUAGUUUUUGUCGUUUUGUGCUUUUGGCUUGACUUUCCGACAAAUUUGUUGGUUAGAGUAUGUUUUUUCUUUUGUAUUUUUUUUGGUAUGGUGUUGUUGUAAAUGUAAAUGUAUAUAUAGCUGCGUAGAGAUAAGUAGUGAUCUAAGCAUGAGCAUUAUCUAUUGAAUUUGAGAACAUGGUUUCAUGCAAAUCUAUGUCAUGGUUUGCAUUCAUUCAACCAAGAGAAACUGCUUUUUUCCCAAGUAAUUUGGAAAUGAAAAUCAAAAAUUUUAU